CAAGUGUCACCUUGUCGCUCGUCUUCACUCUUGAGUCACGUCUUGAGAAUAAAAACCGAUGGGCGAUGGCUUAUCCAACUCAGAGUCUGAGGUGAGGAGACGGCGAGACGCGACUGGUGACGCUCUUCUCAGUCCCCCCGUUCUCCCCUCUCCAGUCUCCACGCGGUGAAGUCAAAUAUAACCACCUUCAGUCCUUCAUUACGUGUUUCCUCUUCUCCUUGUUCUGUAUCCUGGAGCUCCCGCUUAUUAAUUUUCUCUACACAUAGCACCACAGCACCAACCAAUGGUGGAAUUCUCCAUCUUCCGCCUCCGUCCAUUACAUAUCCAUUUCUUGUAAAAAGCUUCUCUCCUGUUAACCAUGGCGGACUUCGUAGGUAGGUUUCUCGACCAUCGCUCCUUAAAAAAUCUUUCUUGCUUUCGUGCUCCAUGCAUUUCCUGCAACAUCUCCCCGAAGCCGUUUGGCAUAUUCCGGAUUUCUCCCAUUACGCCAUUUCCGAAGCGAAGGUUAGCUCACCAGAUAUCUGCAAAGCCCUCUUCGUCCACAACCCAACUCUCCUCAUCGGCAACGCCUUCUCCGGACUCUACUUCUUCUGGUUUUAUUGUAAUUUCGACCACUGGUCAUCCAAGUGAUCGGGCCUUUCUUUUGACAUCGAUUUGCUUUUGCGUUGCUUGUUGCUUAUUCACACCGAAUUUGGUGCUUUCGGCAGAGCGUUCCGAUGGAAGCAUUAUUUUCCGGUUUGGAAAGGUAGAGGAAGCGAAAACCGAUGUUGUAUCUGGUGAAUCGUCGAGUGUUGCAGUGGGAGGUGUGCAAAUUGAAGGUUCCACUCCUGUGGAGAAGGAAGAUGAAUCUGUAUUCUCUACUCUUGUUGAAGAGGAAGUAGAACUUUCUGAAGAGAAAAGUGAAAGUGGAACUUGUGUAAGUGAAGAAGAAGAGACUCAGAUGACUACAGAUACACUGGAAACUCUGGGGACUCUAAAUGGAGAUCCUGUGACGGAGACCAUUACCGAGGAAGAGACUCAGAUGACUACAGAUACACUGGAAACUCUGGGAACUCUAAAUGGAGAUCCGGUGAGGGAGACCAUUACCGAGGAAUUUACUGGAACUUCGCAUGAACAGAAUGUAGUUGCUCUUACAGAAGAUAGACCGGAAGUGGCUGGUAGUAGUACAUUGCCUAACUCUUCUUUGGAUGUGGAAACAAGCAAUUCUUCUAAGGAAGAUAUUGAAGAGAAGAACGCCGUUGAAGUUUUUCUUCCUUCUAAGGCUUCAAUGCCAGAUUCAGUUUUUGAUGUAGAAACAAAUGCAGAAGCCGAAGAAGCAAGCAAAGAUGAAACUGUGAUUCUUUCUACUACGACUAAUACUACUCAGGACCCAAAUAAUGUUCUCGAUGCAGGAAGAACUGAUACUACGGAAGACUCUGAAGAGAAGGGUAACGGUGAAGGGAAAGGCCCCAAAGAGAUGCACGAAGAUGAGAAUCCAUCUCCUACUGCUGCUCUCGAUGGAGGUAAGGUUCUUCGUAUAAAGCAAAGUAUUUCUUCUAAAGAAAAGACUGAGGAUCAAACUGUGCUUCAAUUGACUGCUUCAGAGGAUGUAGGUGAUGUUCUCUAUGUAGAGCACAAUAUUUCCUCUGAGGAAGAUUCUAAAGAGAAGAAUGAGGACCAAACCGUGCUUCAGUUGACUGCUUCACAGCCUGACUCAAUUCUUCCAGUUGGAAAUAGUUAUGUGUCUAAGGAAGAUUCUGAGGAGAAGAGUGAGGAUGAAAAUUUGCCUCAGUUGGUUGCUACUGAGCCUGACUCCGUUCUCGAAGCAGAAAAUACUAAUGCCUUUAAGGAGGAAUUUAAAGAGAAGGGUAAUGAUGAAGGUAUUGGAUCACCUUCUUCUGCGCAGUUCCACCAGAUUACUGAUGCAGAGACAAGUCAUGCCUCUGAGGAAGACCCUAAAGAGAUGAAUAUGGCAUAUGUAACUCCCUUUUCUGUUGGCCUGGAGUCCAUGAGUAAUGUCUCAGAGGAUGAUUCUAGAGAGAAGGUUAUAAUUGAAGAUGUACGUUCCCCUCUUGAUUCAGAGCCUGAACCUGCUUAUGAAGCUGUAGGGAAUGCCUCUGAGGAAAACGGUGCAGAGAAUAUUAAGGUUGAAGUUAUGUCUCUGUCUACAGCUGCAGAGCUUGAUCGCAUUUUGGAUGCAAAAACCAGUCACCCCAGUGAGGAGGAUGAUGUGGUUGGCAUUAUGCCAGUUAUGCCUCCACUGGCUUCUAAUCCCGAUCAUGUUUUGGAUGUUGAAACAGGUUCCAAAACCAUGGAAGAAUUUGAGGAGAAAGAUACAGUUGAAUCUUCAGCUAUGGUAGAAGUUAUUGAAGGUGCUUUACAAAAUGAACAUGGUGUAGAAGUGGCAGGAACAGAACUAGUAGAGUUACAAGAUGUUGAAACUACUCCUGAUCCUCAUGGGGGAGAAGAAAUCUCAGCACCAGAACUUUUCCUCUCUUCAGGUGCUGCAAUGUUACCACAUCCUUCUAAGGCAUUGACAGGUGGAGAGGAUGCUUUUUUCGUCACAGGUCAAAACUGGUUAGGUGUAGCUGAUGGAGUUGGCCAGUGGUCAUUUGAAGGAAUAAAUGCAGGGUUGUAUGCUCAAGAGCUAAUGGAGAACUGUGCAAAGAUAGUUUCAGAAUAUCAAGGAGUUCAAUUAACAAAGCCAGACAAAAUUCUUAUCCAAAGUGCUGCAGAAGCAGAGUCUCCUGGCUCAUCUACAGCAUUGGUUGCUUGCUUUGAUGGUCAGGCUUUCCAUGUGGCAAAUAUUGGGGACUCUGGAUUCAUCAUAAUAAGAAAUGGUACCAUUUUCAAAAGGUCCUCUGCAAUGGUUCAUGAGUUCAAUUUUCCAUUUCAAAUUGAAAGAGGAGAUGAUCCCUCAGAACUGAUAGAGGCUUACACAAUUGAUUUGGAUGAGGGGGAUGUAAUCGUUACUGCAACAGAUGGCCUUUUCGACAAUUUAUAUGAACAGGAAAUAGCGUCAAUUGUCUCCAAGUCACUGAAGGCCAGCUUGAAACCUAAGGAAAUGGCAGAGUUCUUAGCUAUGAGAGCACAAGAGGUGGGGAGGUCAGAAUCAGCACGAAGUCCGUUUGCCGAUGCAGCCCAGGCAGCUGGCUACACAGGAUACAUUGGUGGCAAGCUUGACGAUGUUACUGUUAUUGUUUCCUUGGUUCACCGAAAAUCUGAGUCUCAAGUUUGAUUCUCCAGGUAUCAUCUGGGUCAGAUGCGUCACAUGGACAUCCCAUGGAAUGGUUGCACCACAAUGCGGUUGUGGAACGUAUACAACCACCAGUUGAAAACAUGAUGAUGAAGACCUGGUAUUGACAACCAAUUCUGAGACAAUGUGACACUAGUAUUGUAUAACAGUACCCGUCCAAGCCAAGACAUGCUCUAUCAAUCCCUGUCUUGAUGCGGUAAGGCACCGAUCUUAUGUAAAUCCCUUUACCACGAAUAUGCAAAAUUCUCUUGAUGUGAUGGUAUUGCUUAAUAUUCCUUUUAGUUUUUUUCACAUGAAAAAGAUGUCCAAAUGUAUUAGCGUACUUUGUAUCCUCGAUUAAGUAAAAUUACAUAUAGGAUGUUUCUACCCA